ACUCCACACUCAGUUCUCGACGCCGAUACUUCCAAUGAGGGCAAAGCAGAUUGUCGUUGGGAGCCACAGACUGCGAGUGCGCGGCACUGUCUCUUUAAACACGCCUGGUGUAAAAAGUUCAGUCAAGAAGGCUGUGCGGAGGAGUGUUCUGCGCGGUUUGGUGCAGAGAUCGGCGUCUGAUCUCGCGAGCGCAGCGCAGCAGAUGGCUGGCGACGGCGGGGAGGCCAAACGUCGUCCAAAGAGACCGUUUCGCGGCGGAGUAGAGAAAUCUGGCUCGACCAUGAAUGAAAACGUCAAAAUUCAGUCCGAUAAAAAGACUUCGGGUGAACGGCGCGGUAAGGAAAACUCUGCCGCCAAGUGUACUGCUUUGACAGGCGGCUAUGCAGAGGCAAAGAUGGACCAGACCGUCAUUCACAGUCCCCAAACGCGAGAGGACCCGAGCAUUUUCUUCGACGAGGACAGCAAUCACAUUUUCCCAGUAGAGCAGUUCUUUGGGAACAUAGAUGUUGUUCAGGAUUACCCACGCAGAACCCCAGGAAGCGAUAGAAUGAGUCGGAGAAAGUACAGGAGCAUGCAUUACUAUGCCAAAGAGGAGAGUGAAGACGAGCAGCUAUGAGGACACCAUUCCUUUCAGACUCACUCAAACUGUAUUCCAUUGAAAGGGAAGGAGUUUUAUGCUGGUAAAAUGGAUUUGAUCGUUUUAAAGCAAGCUAUUUUAUUCCAAGAGCCUUCUUAAUGUUUGAACUACACUGAGAUGCACUGUUGAUUUAUCAGUAAUGUGGUCAUUUUUUGUCUUCUGCAAAUUGAACAAAUAUUUUGGUGCAUCCCUGAUUAUAAACUUACUCUACACUAAAGGAAUGUACAGUAAGAGGGGUUUGUGCUAGACUUCAGGCUAAAACCAUCAUGUGAUUGGGGUUUCUGCUUAAAGCUAAAAAUUUAUUUUUAUAACUUUCUGUACACUGGGUUUACUACCACUUGUCCUUACUAAUCAAUCGAAAUCAGCAAAUAUUGUUUUAUCAGUCAAGUGCCUCAAAUUUACUGUUCAGACUUUGAAAGAAAUUUAAACAUUAGCUUGGACAUUCAGAUUCUGGCAAUUUGAAACCUUCUCUGUAGAGAA